ACAAUUGCAAAACUCAAAGUAAAGAUAUCUUAUACAGGCCAUUUAAUGCAAGAUGGCUACAUUUUUGGAUUCCCUCCCUUGGUUGGCCGCUGUCGGUCUUCUAGGCAGCCUGUAUUACCUGUGGUAUCGCAUCUUCUCGUACCAAGGUAUCCCAAAGAGUUUGGCAUUUGCCAACUCUGAUGGGUCUCUCUUUUCUCGAGCUCGAUCUUCCUUAGGGUCCGUCUUUGAGGUCAACACUCUCCUUUGGGCUGGGUACCGCGAUCAUUCAAAAAAAGGACGGGCUUAUAUCCUUCCUGAUAUUUUCACGGGACAUCAUGUUAUUUUGCCAUCAGAGCAUCUUCAAUGGUUGCUCAAGCAGCCUGAGAACGUCCUCAGUCAGCGUGAGAGCAAUAACGAGUUUCUUGCUGCGAAGCACACAUUUUUGAACUGUGUUGCCGCUGACGACAAUGAAUGGAAAUUUGUUGUCAACCUGAUCAAGACAAUGACUAGUCAAUUGAACAACCAGACCGAGGACGCAAUUGAUGAGAUCCAUGCGGCAUUAGACGACUUAUGGGGCAAUGAUACCAAAAAUUGGAAGCAAGUUGAUCUUUUUGACGUCUCUUUAGAGCUGGUAAGUCGCGUAGUCAGUCGGAUAUUCGUUGGACUGCCACUCUGCCGGGAGCCGACAUAUCUCGCCAGCUCAACCAAGUUUGCCAAAUUCAUCUUGAUCGAAGCACUUCUCGCACAAUUAACACCUAAACCUUUGCGGCCCCUCCUGGCCCCGUUUCUGGCUCACUACGAUUGGAUCCAGUUCAGGCGCAUGGACCGCUGUGUCAACCCCGUCAUUCGAGAGCGGACGGAAAAAUUUGGCAAGAUGGCGGAAGAAAAGCCAGAUGCAGAUCAGCCCAAUGAUCUCCUUUCUCGCCUCAUGAAAGAGAGUUUUCGCCGCAACGAUGAUCCACGUCGUUCGCAGAGCCAAACCACCAAACUUUUAGCUGUACUCAACUGGGCAGCCAUUCAGGUUCAGGGCAUUACACUUGAAAAUACACUGAUCGAUAUCGCUCACUCCCCACAAAGUGCCGAAAUCCAACAUCAGCUACGCGAAGAAGCCCUAAUUGCUGAUAGUGCCGAACCAUCGGUACGCUGGACCCGAGUCCAAGUCGCUAAAAUGUUAAAACUUGAUAGUGUCCUCACUGAAAGUCUUCGACUGUGGGGGUUUUCUCACGGAGUGAUCAAAGUUGUAGUCGCAAAAGAAGGUGUCGAUCUUCCCACAGGGGAACACAUCCCAUAUGGCGCAAAAGUUGGAGUUGGAAGCUAUGGCUUACAUCAUGAUGAAGAAAUUUACUCGGGAGAGUCGCCAUUUACAUUUGAUCCCUUCCGAUUUUUAAAUGAGAAAGCGGAAGCGCAGCAAUCAGGGACAAAAUUUGCAUCUACCAGCGGCACUUACAUGGCCUUUAGCCAUGGAAAAUAUGCUUGCGUCGGCCGAUUCUUUGCGAAUCAUAUCCUCAAGCUGCUUUUAUCACAGAUUACGCUCCGUUAUGACAUCAAGCCUGACAAGAGUCCUCGGCCGCAAAAUCCGUGGUUUAGCUACGUUUCCCCGCCACCAAUCGGAUACAAAAUAUCUGUAAGGAGAAGAGAGGAGUAG